AUGCCGGAGAGCAACAUUCAAACAUUCAUCGUCACUUUCAAACUCCAUGCUAUUAGAAUCCAUCGGGUGGUGGGAGAAUGGAGAUUCAGCAGGAUCCACUGCAACAUAUUUGUGACGCUUGAUGUCAUGAUGUGCACGGCCAGUAUCCUUAACCUUUGUGCCAUCAGCAUUGACAGGUACACUGCCGUUGCCAUGCCAAUGCUCUACAAUACCCGGUACAGCUCCAAGCGCAGAGUCACCAUCAUGAUCUCCGUCGUCUGGGGCUUGUCCUUUGCCAUAUCCUGCCCAUUACUAUUUGGACUGAAUGAGUCAGACACCAGGAAUGAUGCCACCUGUCUUAUUCACCAUCCCGAAUUUGUGGUCUACUCGUCCAUUUUCUCCUUCUUCAUUCCCUUCAUCGUCACGCUGUUGGUGUACGUGCAGAUUUACGUGGUGCUGCGUAAAAGGAGAAAGCGAGUGAACACCAAGAGAAGCAGCAGGUUUGAAUCGGAAAUCCAGGCACCAUUAAAGGAUAAGUGCACCCAUCCAGAAGACGUGAAGCUCUGUACAGUCAUUGUGAAAUCAAAUGGGAGUUUCCCCACCAAUAAGAGGAAUUUGAUCUUGGUGCAGGAGGCCGUGAGCCACCAGGAUGAGAUGGAGAUGGAAAUGAUGUCGUCUGCCAGUACCCCUCUAGAGAAGACCAAGCUCAAAAUGGCAGCUGCCAGCCGCCAGCUGACUGUGCCUACUCCCUCUAACCAGGGAGGGAGUUCUAAUCUGCCAUCACCAGCAGGCAGCCCGGUGAGAGGAGAGAAGAAUGGUCACCCUAAAAACAUAAGCAAAGUGACCAAAGCUUUUGAAAUCCAGUCGAUGCCAAAUGGUAAAACAAGAACUUCACUCAAGACCAUGAGCAAGAGGAAGAUGUCCCAGCAAAAGGAGAAGAAAGCAACUCAGAUGCUGGCUAUUGUCCUUGGGGUCUUCAUUAUUUGUUGGUUGCCAUUCUUCAUUACCCAUAUCCUGAACAAGCACUGUAAAAAAUGCAACAUCCCUCAAGCCUUGUACAGUGCCUUCACCUGGCUGGGUUAUGUCAAUAGUGCUGUGAACCCUAUCAUUUACACCACCUUCAACAUAGAGUUCAGAAAAGCUUUCAUCAAAAUUCUUCACUGCUAAAGCACUGCCAAAGGACAUAAAAUGCCACAUAUCCUUUUUAUAAGGUCUACCUUGAAAGUGUUCAAAGAUAUCUUUGCUUGUUAAUGACACUGUGGACACCGCUUCUUUAAUCAUGAACUGAAUCUAUCGUGUCUCAUUAUGGAUUAAUAAAGGCACGGAGAAGAGAAGAAAAUAAUGAAUUCAUCAAGAACCUGAUGGGGCUUCAAAUCUCUUUACACAUGAUGUCAUCGGACUUUUCAAUACUGAUAAUCAACAAUGUAAUGUGAAAUGUCCAUUUGCAUGGCCAAAAUAUUCAUGUAGUUAUCACUUCAUGACCAUGCAAAGUUGGUUAGUAGGUCAUUGAACUUUGUAUUCAGGUGAAUCGUCAAAAUGUUAUAAUGGUAAAUAAAAUGCAAAGUGGAUUGUCAGCACUAGAGGACAACCCUUUGAGGACAUCUUCCACUUGCCUACUUCACAAUAUAAACUUGGAGCAACAAGGAACUUGCUCAAUAGCAUGGCAAUGAAACAUGGUGGUCCAACACUACAACGCAUUGGCAUGGAAAAGGGAAACCUUUGCUAUAUCAACCAUUAAGAAUGUGUUGCCUUAGAUCAAUCUCAAAGGUUGGAAGACUGGUCAGUAUCAGCUUAUAUCUAGCAUAGAAUUAGCAUACUAAAGAUAGGAAUAUCACAAGGUUCUAUUAAAGGUGAACACACCACAUUGGGUUAGGGAAAAGUAAAUUGAGAUCAGACUCAAGCCAUACUGAGUGAAAUGUCUCCUUUCACAUCUGUGGGAACAUUACACAAAGCAAUAGUUUGAUAUCAGUAGCUGAUCUGUAUCUAGUGAGGGUAAAUAUAAUUCUGCCUCUUGGAUGCAUGGCUUCAUCCUGGAAUAGUCAGAGAGAGGCUAUGAUGGCCUCUAUGAUCAGAGAGUUUGUGGGCCUUCAGUGUUUAGUUGUCCCUUUGCUCAUUCACAUUGCAGAAUAGCCUUCAUUCUAUAGAAUAAACGAGUUCAGCAAGGCAUCUCAUCACCAUGCCACAAAAUGAAAUUCAGGAUGGUCCGUCAAUGCUGAGCCUUGUUAGAGCUGCUUGUAUCAAUGGUUUGGAGAAAAGUCAAGUAAAAUAAUGAAAUAACAUCACAAAGCAGCAAACACAAAGGAACACAAUGUUGAUUAGCUGGGCUGCAGGAUGACCAGAAAGCAUCUUUAGAGAUUUGUAGUGUGUUUCAAUUAUGUAUUUGUGUAGUAAACAUUAAAUUAGAACAUUAUUCACUAUUAGCGCUUGCUAUGCCAUGGAAGCAUGUGGAAUGUUUUCUCCACUAUAUUAACUUUAUAAAUUUCCUCUAGUGACUGCCAUCCACAUUUGUUCAUUUUGCUGCAGCUGUAAAGCAAAUAAAUGAGUUGACAGAGAAACCAGUUUUCUGUAGACCAGCAUUGAGGCUUUUCCACCAGCGGACUGAUGAACAUCACAUGUAUAAGAUAUCCCUCUCAUCGGGAGCAACCAAUAUUGGCCACCAAAUCUGGACCACAUAAUACCAGAGUGCCGAGUACUGUAAAAUAGGAGGAAAGUGUUUAAUCAAUCAUUGGUUAUUCCACAGCCCUUUCCAUUGGAUCAUUUUGUUAAAAGUACAAAUCACAGUAAAUUAUUUAUAUGAAGCUAGAAUGAAUAGUGUGGAAACUAUUGUGCAGCAAGUUGUUAUUUAUUUUAUUUGCUUGCUG